GCCGUGUCUGGGAACGGCUGCUCCGGGCCCUGGGUGCCUGGGCUGGAUCCUCCUGCCGCCGCUGGGGCCUGCGCACGGUGGGAGGGAAGGGGUUAAGCCGAGCCUUCCCUUGUGCCGUUCCCACCAGCCCUUAUCCUGGCAGAGAGCAGCAGUCCGUGAGCUGGAGGAAGCUGCAGGGCCCUGGGGAGGUGGCGGGCAGGCAAUAAACAGCGCUGGCGGGCUGGCGGCGCAGAGGAGGAGGAGGAGGAGGAGCCCUCGCUCGGUGCGGGGCCGCCGGCUGCGUACCGGCGCUGGCCCUCGCAGGCCAGCCCGGCCGCCCUGUGCCCCUUCCUCUCCCCGCAGCAGGCUGCGGCUGGCCCACGUGGCACCGCGGAGCGGCCCUUUGGUUGGGGAAGGGCUGAGCUUUCCUGUCGGCGGGGUAGAGGCGACAGGAGAGAUCCUGAGGCAGCAGGGCCUUCCCGGGGGGUUCAGCGCCGCGACCCGGCCUUGGGGAGGGCUUCCGCCGCCUUUCCCUGCCAGAAACGUGUGGCUGCGCUGGGGAGCUGGGCUCCUUUCUCAGGGAACGGCGGGGCUGCUGGGUCCCUGCUUCCUGGCUCUCUGGCCCCUGGCUUCCUGCGUUUCUUUAGAGCAGUUGUGCUGCAGGCCAUGGGAAGGUCACAGCGCUGAGCGGCGGCGGGGCCCCAGGCAGGGACAAGCGCUUCGCGGGACGCCGGGCAGAGUCUCCGUGGGCCCGCGGGACGCUCUGCAGCCAAGGAUAUGAACAAGCUGAGCUGCGGGAAGAAGACGCGGGUGGAAGGUGGCCAACUUGGCGGUGAUGAAUGGACCCGCCACGGCAGUUUUGUCAAUAAGCCCACCCGUGGCUGGCUGCACCCUGAUGACAAGGUCAUGGGCCCCGGAGUCUCUUACCACGUCAGGUACAUGGGCUGUGUGGAAGUCCUCCAGUCCAUGAGGGCUUUGGAUUUCAACACCAGGACUCAGGUCACCAGGGAGGCGAUUGGCCUGGUGUGCGAGGCAGUGCCCGGUGCCAAGGGAGCCGUGCGGAGGAGGAAGCCCUGUGGCCGCUCCCUGAACUCCAUCCUGGGCAAGAGCAACCUGAAGUUUGCUGGCAUGCCAAUCACCUUGACCAUUUCCACCAGCAGCCUCAAUCUCAUGGCUUCUGACUGCAAGCAGAUCAUCGCCAACCAUCACAUGCAGUCCAUCUCCUUCGCUUCUGGGGGAGACCCGGACACAGCUGAGUACGUCGCCUAUGUUGCCAAAGACCCCGUCAACCAGAGAGCCUGCCAUAUCCUGGAGUGCCCUGAGGGCUUGGCCCAGGAUGUGAUCAGCACCAUUGGCCAGGCCUUUGAGCUGCGCUUCAAGCAGUACCUGAAGAACCCCCCAAAGCUGGUGACACCCCAUGACAGGAUGGCUGGGUUUGAUGGCUCUGCCUGGGAUGAGGAAGAGGAGGAACCAGCCCCGGAUCACCAGUACUACAAUGACUUCCCUGGCAAGGAGCCUCCCAUUGGGGGAGUAGUGGACAUGCGGCUGCGGGAGGGGGCUGCUCAGACCCCCAAUCAUUUGGGGGCCACACUGCCUGUGGGCCAGAUGUCCGGAGGGGAAUACGACCCACGGAAGCAACUUGGUCCUGCCCAAGCAGGGAGAGAGAAAUACCCUGCUGCAGCAGGUGCCUCUGGCCGCACAGACCUCUUUGAUGACCCAUCUUAUGUCAACGUGCAGAACAUGGACAAGACACGCCAAGUAUCGGCUGCUGCCACCCCAGCAACUGCCAACGGCAGCACCCAGAGAGACCUCUUUGACAUGAAGCCUUUUGAAGAUGCCCUGCGUGCUCCCCCCUCUGUGCCUGUGGGCCUGCCUCCUGCCCAGGUGGUGGCCUCCAUGGAGGAGCAGCUGAGGCGGGAGCCCUGGUACCACGGAAAGAUGAACCGCAAGGAGGCUGAGAAGCUGCUGAAGGUGAAUGGAGACUUCCUGGUGCGGGAGAGCACCACUACCCCGGGCCAGUACGUGCUGACUGGCCUGCAGGGCGGGCAGCCCAAGCACCUUCUGCUCGUCGAUCCCGAAGGAGUGGUGCGGACAAAAGACCAUCGCUUCGAGAGUGUCAGCCACCUCAUCAGCUACCACAUGGACAAUCACCUGCCCAUCAUCUCGGCUGGCAGUGAGAUGUGCCUGCAGCAGCCAGUGGAGAGGAGACUGUGAGGCACCUGGGGGCCUGGGUGUGCUGCCCCCAGCCCCACUCCCUGCUCCAGGGAGCCCUUGGACUCUCAGUUGUCCUCCUGGGGCAGGUGGAGAUGCUCUGCCCAGGACUGAGUGUGGACUGGCUGGGCAUGGGCCUGUCCCCCUCUGUCGUGUGAAGCCAGUGGGGGGUUGGCAGCACGACAUGAGCUGUCUGCAGGGUGAGGGGGCUGCUCCUGCCAAAGCCCCUUUCUCCUCCCAGCUCCAGCCUUUGCGCAGCAGCUCAGCUACUACCAAAACCUGGCUGGUGCCUGGGCUGCAGUGUCACUCCAGUGUGGCACUCUCCCACUUGCCUGCGUGGGCGCAGACCUUCUUCUGCUGCACUCGCUUGGGGCUGGGGGAGCUGUGCUCCAUGAUGGCUGAGCAGCUGCCCCCGCCUCCCCCUCAGCCAAGGGAGGCAGUGCAGUGGGGCCUGCCCCACGUGCACGGGCAGCCGUACAGCGUUGCUGCAGGAACCAGCUGGCUCUGCCUGCACACAACCGACACAGUGGAGGAGCGGCAGAGGAGCAGCAGGACCCCCGCGGGCUCUGGCCAGGGGGCCUGGGCCAGGGCUGGGCCCUGUGCUCUGCCCCCUGAAGCACAAGGCCCGGCUGGCCGCCCACCAAAUGUACCUGAUCACUUUAUGUGUUAACUCUGUGCCUUGACCCCCGCAGGUCCAACAAACUUAUGCAAUGCAGCCGGGCUGGGGGGCGAAAGCGCGGCCUCUCGCACCAGCCCCCGCCGUGCUGGGAGCCUCAGGUUGCUCCGCACCUGCUUGCUGCCCCCUGCAUCCUGGGGGACACAUCCCUGGGGUGCCCCCGGGGCCCCGGCCGGCCCCAGCAGCUGUGGGGCCCCGCUGGUAGCCCCAGCCCGGCAGCCCCCUUGCAUGCACGUUGUUAUACCCCGAAGCCAAAGCGUAGCCCUGCCUCGUCUCACAGCCCGGGGGCCACCGGGGCCCCUUCCCCGGGCCCUGCUAUACCAAAGGAACCGGCGGUUGGUAUUAAAGUUGGUAUUUCUCUA